AUGGAAGGCUUUGAUGUCUGCACUGAUGUGAUCCGAAGAAGAGUUUUAAAAGGCAAGUUUGUACCCACAUUGGAGCAGAAGCUGAAGCCGGAUCAAAAAGUCCUUAAGAAAGCUGGGCUUGCCUACUCGCUUCAGCAGCUCCAGGGCUCUGGAAAUACCUGGAAGCUGCUCCCUGCAGGCGACUCUGUAUCAGGCUCUUUGCUUAUGCUAGGGCAUGAAGCCUCAUCCAAAGCCCCGAAUUACAGCACAACUUUGAAAGUGAUAGAGUCAAACACUCACAGGACAAAUACACCAAGGGGAUGGAAGGGAAGAAAUAAAGGAAUCCAGCACCUGGAGGAGAGCUUUGUGACUGUUGCUGCAGUCCUGGGUCAUCAGAGAAAGCUGCAGAAGUACUCCAGUGAUUGUGAGAGCAUCAGAAGAACUGGCCAUGGUGGGUUGCCAAGUGAUCAGAAGCUGGAGGAGUUAAAGGCAGGGGAGCCAGAUAACCAGCAGCAAAGUAGUGCAGAGGGGCGAGAGUUAUUUGACAGCAGCGGGAACUUCCUGUACAGAAUUUGAGUCGGGGCUUGACUUGUGGAGAUGCCUCCUGAAAAACAUCUGGGCAAGU